GGGCGCGCGCGGCUGGAGCUGGCGCGGGAGCGGUGGCGGCGGCGGCGGCAGAGGCGGCGGCUCCGGCUCCAGCUCCGGCUCCGGCUCCUGCUCGGGCGGCGGUGGAGGUGGCGGUGGCGGUGGCGGUGGCGGGAGAGGGCGACGGCGGCGGCGGACUGAGAACGGCGGCCUCAGCGGCUCGAGGGGGGACAUGCAGACCGACGGCCCCCGGAGAGGCGGAAGGAGCGGAGGCCCUGGUGCCCUGCCCUCAGUGCUGACUGCCCAGCGAGAGUGACUGGUAUAAGCAAGCAGAGACCCGGUGGAUUGUCUUAGGCUGUGGCUGGCUGUGGAGCUAGAACCCUGGAUGGCUCCCGAGCCAGCCCCAGGGAGGAGGAUGGUGCCCCUCGUACCUGCCCUCGUGAUGCUUGGUUUGAUGGCAGGUGCUCAUGGCGACAGCAAACCUGUCUUUGUUAAGGUCCCCGAGGACCAGACUGGGCUGUCGGGAGGGGUGGCCUCCUUCGUGUGCCAAGCCACAGGGGAACCCAAGCCUCGAAUCACGUGGAUGAAGAAGGGGAAGAAAGUCAGCUCCCAGCGCUUUGAGGUAAUUGAGUUUGACGAUGGAGCAGGGUCAGUGCUGAGGAUCCAGCCAUUACGAGUGCAGCGAGACGAAGCCAUCUAUGAGUGCACAGCCACGAACAGUCUCGGGGAGAUCAACACAAGUGCCAAGCUGUCAGUGCUUGAAGAGGACCAGCUGCCGUCUGGGUUCCCGACUAUCGACAUGGGACCUCAGCUGAAGGUGGUGGAGAAGGGUCGCACUGCCACCAUGCUGUGUGCAGCCGGUGGGAACCCAGACCCUGAGAUCUCGUGGUUCAAAGACUUCCUUCCUGUGGACCCUGCUGCAAGCAACGGUCGUAUCAAACAGCUGCGAUCAGGUGCAUUGCAGAUAGAGAGCAGCGAGGAGUCUGACCAAGGCAAGUACGAGUGUGUGGCCACCAACUCUGCAGGCACACGCUACUCGGCCCCCGCCAACCUGUAUGUGCGAGUGCGUCGCGUGGCUCCUCGUUUCUCCAUCCCUCCCAGCAGCCAAGAGGUGAUGCCGGGCGGCAGCGUGAAUCUCACGUGUGUGGCAGUGGGCGCGCCCAUGCCAUAUGUGAAAUGGAUGAUGGGCGCCGAGGAGCUGACCAAAGAGGACGAGAUGCCAGUCGGCCGAAAUGUUCUGGAGCUCAGCAAUGUCAUGCGAUCUGCCAACUAUACCUGUGUGGCCAUCUCUUCAUUAGGCAUGAUAGAAGCCAUGGCCCAGGUCACAGUAAAAGCUCUGCCAAAGCCUCCAAUUGAUCUUGUGGUGACAGAGACAACCGCCACCAGUGUUACUCUGACAUGGGACUCUGGAAAUACCGAGCCUGUGUCCUUCUACGGCAUCCAGUACCGCGCAGCUGGCACAGACGGCCCCUUUCAGGAAGUGGAUGGUGUGGCCAGCACCCGAUACAGCAUUGGUGGCCUCAGCCCCUUUUCGGAAUAUGCUUUCCGAGUGUUGGCUGUUAACAGCAUUGGGCGAGGACCACCCAGUGAGGCAGUGCGAGCACGCACGGGGGAGCAGGCACCCUCCAGCCCUCCGCGCCGUGUGCAGGCUCGAAUGCUUAGCGCCAGCACAAUGCUGGUCCAGUGGGAACCACCUGAAGAGCCCAAUGGCUUGGUACGGGGAUAUCGCGUCUACUACACCCCAGAUUCCCGACGCCCUUUGAGCGCCUGGCACAAGCAUAACACCGACGCAGGACUCCUUACCACCGUGGGCAGCCUGCUACCUGGCAUCACCUACAGCCUCCGAGUCCUUGCCUUCACUGCCGUGGGUGACGGCCCACCCAGCCCCACCAUCCAAGUCAAGACACAGCAGGGAGUGCCUGCACAGCCUGCGGACUUCCAGGCUAACGCUGAGUCGGACACCAGGAUCCAGCUCUCGUGGCUGCUGCCCCCGCAGGAGCGGAUCGUCAAGUAUGAGCUGGUGUACUGGGCAGCCGAGGAUGAGGGCCAGCAGCACAAGGUGACCUUCGACCCCACCUCCUCCUACACUCUGGAGGACCUGAAGCCUGACACAUUGUACCACUUCCAGCUGGCUGCCCGUUCAGAUUUGGGGGUGGGCGUCUUCACGCCCACCGUAGAGGCCCGUACAGCACAGUCCACCCCAUCAGCCCCUCCCCAGAAGGUGACUUGUGUGAGCACGGGCUCCACCACGGUCCGGGUAAGUUGGGUUCCACCGCCGGCCGACAGCCGCAACGGCAUUAUCACCCAGUACUCCGUGGCCUAUGAGGCAGUGGACGGCGAGGACCGUAAGCGACAUGUGGUGGAUGGCAUCAGCCGUGAGCAUUCCAGCUGGGACCUGCUGGGCCUGGAGAAGUGGACGGAGUACCGGGUGUGGGUGCGGGCUCACACAGAUGUGGGCCCUGGCCCUGAGAGCAGUCCGGUGCUGGUGCGCACCGAUGAGGACGUGCCUAGCGGGCCACCACGGAAGGUGGAGGUUGAGCCUCUGAACUCCACUGCUGUGCAUGUCUCCUGGAAGCUGCCCGUCCCCAACAAGCAGCACGGACAGAUUCGUGGCUACCAGGUCACCUAUGUGCGGUUGGAGAAUGGUGAGCCCCGAGGCCAACCCAUCAUCCAGGAUGUCAUGCUGGCUGAGGCUCAGGAGACCACCAUCAGCGGCCUCACCCCCGAGACCACCUACUCCAUCACCGUCGCUGCCUACACCACUAAGGGGGAUGGUGCCCGAAGCAAGCCCAAGGUGGUUACUACGACAGGGGCAGUCCCAGGACGGCCCACCAUGAUGGUCAGCACCACGGCCAUGCACACCGCGCUGCUGCAGUGGCACCCACCCAAGGAGCUGCCUGGAGAGCUGCUGGGCUACCGUCUCCAAUACCGGCGGGCCGAUGAGGCGCGGCCCAACACCAUAGACUUUGGCAAGGAUGACCAACAUUUUACAGUCACCGGCCUGCACAAAGGGGCCACCUACGUCUUCCGGCUCGCUGCCAAGAACCGGGCUGGCCCAGGAGAAGAGUUUGAGAAAGAGAUCACCACCCCUGAGGAUGUACCCAGUGGCUUUCCUCAAAACCUUCGAGUGACAGGACUGACCACAUCUACCACGGAACUGACCUGGGACCCGCCGGUGCUGGCAGAGAGGAAUGGUCGCAUCACCAACUAUACCGUGGUCUACCGUGACAUCAACAGCCAGCUUGAACUCCAGAAUGUCACCGACGACACACACCUUACACUCUUGGGCCUUAAACCGGACACCACUUACGACAUCAAGGUCCGUGCACAUACCAGCAAAGGCGCCGGCCCUCUCAGCCCCAGCAUCCAGUCCCGGACCAUGCCCAUGGAGCAAGUGUUUGCCAAGAAUUUCCGUGUGGCCGCUGCGAUGAAGACAUCUGUGCUGCUCAGUUGGGAGGUCCCCGACUCUUAUAAGUCAGCUGUGCCCUUCAAGAUCCUGUACAAUGGGCAGAGCGUGGAGGUGGACGGGCACUCAAUGAGGAAGCUGAUUGCAGACCUGCAACCCAACACGGAGUACUCCUUCGUCCUGAUGAAUCGUGGCAGUAGUGCCGGGGGCCUACAGCACCUGGUGUCCAUCCGCACUGCCCCGGACCUCCUACCCCAGAAGCCACUGCCUGCCUCCGCCUUUAUAGAGGAUGGCCGCUUCUCCCUCUCCAUGCCUCAAGUGCAGGACCCCUCGCUAGUCAGGUGGUUCUACAUUGUGGUGGUGCCCAUUGACCGUGUGGGCGGGAACUUGCUGGCACCAAGAUGGAACACACCAGAGGAGUUGGAGCUGGAUGAGCUUCUGGAGGCCAUCGAGCAGGGCGAGGAGAAACAGCGGAGGCGCCGGCGCCAAGCAGAGCGACUGAAGCCUUAUGUGGCAGCCCAAGUAGAUGUGCUCCCUGAGACCUUCACCCUGGGGGACAAGAAGAGCUACCGCGGCUUCUACAACCGGCCCCUGUCUCCAGAUCUGAGUUACCAGUGCUUCGUUCUCGCCUCCCUCAAGGAACCCAUGGACCAGAAGCGCUAUGCCUCCAGCCCCUACUCAGACGAGAUUGUAGUCCAGGUGACACCAGCACAGCAGCAGGAGGAGCCCGAGAUGCUGUGGGUGACAGGCCCUGUCCUGGCAGUCAUUCUCAUCAUACUCAUUGUCAUCGCCAUCCUCCUGUUCAAGAGGAAGAGAACACACUCCCCAUCAUCAAAGGAUGAGCAGUCAAUCGGGCUGAAGGACUCCCUGUUGGCCCACUCUUCUGACCCUGUGGAGAUGCGAAGGCUUAACUACCAGACCCCAGGUAUGCGAGACCACCCGCCCAUCCCCAUCACUGACCUGGCAGACAAUAUUGAGCGCCUCAAAGCCAACGAUGGGCUCAAGUUCUCCCAGGAGUAUGAGUCCAUUGACCCUGGACAGCAGUUCACAUGGGAGAAUUCCAACUCAGAGGUGAACAAGCCCAAGAACCGAUAUGCAAACGUCAUUGCCUAUGACCAUUCUCGAGUCCUCCUCACCUCCAUUGAUGGUGUUCCUGGGAGUGACUACAUCAAUGCCAACUACAUUGAUGGCUACCGAAAGCAGAAUGCCUACAUCGCCACACAGGGUCCGCUGCCUGAGACAAUGGGCGAUUUCUGGAGGAUGGUGUGGGAACAGCGUACAGCCACAGUGGUCAUGAUGACCAGGCUAGAGGAGAAAUCCCGGGUUAAGUGUGAUCAGUAUUGGCCAGUCCGUGGCACUGAGACCUAUGGCCUCAUUCAGGUGACCCUGGUGGACACUGUGGAGUUGGCCACAUACACCAUGCGCACCUUUGCCCUCCAUAAGAGUGGCUCCAGUGAGAAGCGUGAGCUGCGUCAGUUCCAGUUUAUGGCCUGGCCAGACCACGGCGUUCCUGAGUACCCCACUCCCAUCUUGGCCUUCCUGAGACGGGUCAAGGCCUGUAACCCACUAGAUGCGGGGCCCAUGGUGGUGCAUUGCAGUGCCGGUGUGGGCCGCACGGGCUGCUUCAUCGUCAUCGAUGCAAUGCUGGAGCGUAUGAAGCACGAGAAGACGGUUGACAUUUAUGGCCACGUGACGUGCAUGCGCUCACAAAGGAACUACAUGGUGCAGACUGAGGACCAGUAUGUGUUCAUCCACGAGGCCCUGCUAGAGGCUGCCAUGUGCGGACACACUGAGGUGCUCGCUCGGAACCUCUAUGCCCACAUCCAGAAGCUAGGCCAAGUGCCUCCCGGGGAGAGCGUCACGGCCAUGGAACUUGAGUUCAAGUUGCUGGCCAACUCCAAGGCCCACACGUCGCGCUUCGUCAGUGCCAACCUGCCCUGCAACAAGUUCAAGAACCGCCUAGUGAACAUCAUGCCCUAUGAGCUGACCCGAGUGUGCUUGCAACCCAUCCGUGGUGUGGAGGGCUCAGACUACAUCAAUGCCAGCUUUCUAGAUGGCUACAGACAGCAGAAGGCCUACAUAGCUACACAGGGGCCUCUGGCAGAGAGCACCGAGGACUUCUGGCGCAUGUUAUGGGAGCACAAUUCCACCAUCAUCGUCAUGCUGACCAAGCUUCGAGAGAUGGGCAGGGAGAAAUGUCACCAGUACUGGCCAGCAGAGCGCUCCGCUCGCUAUCAGUACUUCGUUGUUGACCCGAUGGCUGAGUACAACAUGCCCCAGUACAUUCUGCGUGAAUUCAAAGUCACAGAUGCCCGGGAUGGGCAGUCAAGGACAAUCCGACAGUUCCAGUUUACAGACUGGCCAGAGCAAGGAGUACCCAAAACUGGUGAAGGCUUCAUCGACUUCAUCGGGCAGGUGCACAAGACAAAGGAGCAGUUUGGCCAGGAUGGGCCCAUCACGGUGCACUGCAGUGCUGGUGUGGGCCGCACCGGUGUGUUCGUCACCCUGAGCAUUGUCCUGGAGCGCAUGCGGUAUGAGGGUGUGGUUGACAUGUUCCAGACCGUGAAGACCCUCCGCACACAGCGCCCUGCAAUGGUGCAGACAGAGGACCAAUACCAGCUGUGCUACCGUGCGGCCCUGGAAUACCUCGGCAGCUUUGAUCACUAUGCAACGUAACUACUGCUCCCCUCUCCUCCGACGCUCCCCCGCGGGGCUCCGGAGGGGACCCAGCUCCUCUGAGCCAUACCAACCAUCGUCCAGCCCUCCUGCACGGAUGCUGUUGCCGGCAGAGCACAGCCCACUGGGAUCACAGCAUUUCGGGGAACAUUGCCACACCAGUCAGAGAGCCCAGAACACCUGGGCAAGUAGGUGGACUGGCAGCCUGGCUCUGGGUCCUUGUCCACCGGGCCAAGUGGAGCCCCCGCUUCAAGCUCUCUGUUCAGCUCCGCGUUCUCAUGCUUCUCAUGGGGUGGGAAAAGGGGGCAAAGCCCCCACUUUUUAUACACUAGGCGGGGUAGACUGCGGGGUCCUAGCCUCUUCCUCCGACCUUGCUUUUGCAGAUCUUUCACUGCAGGUGGGGCUGCUGUGGGAGUUGGGACUUGUUUGUUUUCCUUUUUGAGUUCACGUUGGAUCCUUUCUUGUACAACUUCUGCGGAAGGACACAGUACUCGCCUUCCUUGUGCAGAGCUAGGGCCCUACCUGAGCAAGUCGGCUGUGGCCCGGGAGGCAGCGCGACGCCUGCUGUCCUCCAGCCUUUCAGAUGAGAUCCUAUUCCAGCCAAAUGCAGGGAAACACUUUAUUUUGUUUGUUUUAGGUUUUGUUUUUCCUUGAAAGCCUUUUUUUAGGCCCCACAGACAGUGGUGGGUGGGGAGGCGAUAGGAAACACAUUCCCCAGUGUGCAUUUAACAUUCAUAGCCUACAACCACAGACGUGUCUGGGGGAGCCUGGCAAGGCGUUCCUCGUCACCAUCGUGUUUGCAAAGGUUCAAAAAAACAUAAAAUCAAAAAAAAAAAAAACAUAAAAAUAUUUUUUUUUAAGAAAAGAAAUAAAGAUUCAUCCCCUGGCCUCUACUUCAGAUUCGAAGUGGGAGGCAACUCAAUGUGCCUGGGGCUCGCCAUGGGCCCACAGAGUCUCGCUCUCAUCCCCAGCGUCGCAGUGUGGCAGGUGUUUGUAGGCUGUGGGUUCUGGCCACCUCGGGAAAUGAAUGGCACAGGGGAGGGCCUGUGCCACGCCCCACACACCUCAGGGCCAAGCGGGGGCGUGGCUGGCCCUUCAGGUCUAGGCCAGUGGGCCUGGUAGCACAUGUCUGUCCUCAGCCGGACAGAUGCUUUCUCUCCUGGUUUGCAGCUGUCUUCAAAUCCCCCCAUGACCCGCUCUUCCCACUCCUUCAAGUUGCCCUCACAAACCAAUGUGGCAAGACUACUGGACUUGUAUCCAUGGUACUACACUUAGUCCUCUUAUCUCAGCUUGCUGAGGGGCAGGGAGAGGGUCUCUUCCUCUGGGCAGCACUAUCUAGAUAGGUAAGUGGGGGCGGGGAAGGGUGCAUAGCUGUUUUAGCCGAGGGACUCGAUGCCGACGUCCCCAGAUAUAGCUAGGCUAAGUCAAGAUCAACAGUCCGGGGUCGGUGGUGUUGGAUGAAACAUUCAUUUUUACCUUGUGGAUGCUAGUGCUGUAGAGUUCACUGUUGUACACAGUCUGUUUUCUAUUUGUUAAGAAAAACUACAGCAUCAUUGCAUACUUCUUGAUGGUAAUAAAUUUGAAUAAUCAAGAUUUCUUACACACUA